AUGUCGCUCCACGAGAGUGGCCGUGAUGAGCAUCAUGACAUUUCAGAGCUAUUGGAGACGCUUCUUACGGAUUCAAAGCCUGAAGAGGUGGUUUCGUCUGUGGAACCUGAUCAUGCUGGUGAAAUUGGGGGGGAUUCGGGCGCUUCAAGUUCAGGAACCAUAGAGUCUGUAGGGCCUUUAAGCAGAGCGCCAGGACGCGGCGGUAUUGGAAGGACGGGAGGGGGGAGGGCGGGCGGAAGGGAUCACAGCGGCCGGGGGCGAUUAGCCGCUGGAGGGGACGCGCCGCGAGUUGCUUUUGGGCGGGGAGUACCGAACGCUGCGGUUCCAAGUGCUAAGGCGGCAGGUAGCGGCAAGACUGCUGGCACUGGCAAAACGGCGUCUGCAGCCGGGAAAACGGCUGAUUCCGGUCCUGUCAAAUCUGCAGCUGCGGCUGCUAAUACGACGACCACUGGCGGCACCACCGCCGCGGUAUCCAUGCCCAAGAAAGAAUCUUCCGCACAUGCUGUCAAGGAGCCCCCGUCAGAACCUACAGCCGCGCGGAGCAUUGGCGUGAACGUGGCGCAGCCUCCGCACCUGGCACAGCCGAGCGUAGUGACGGCCGCCGCGACUAACGCAGCUCCCGCGCAAGGGAGCGCGGGUUUCUUAAGGACGGGAAGGGGGGAUGCGGCAGCCGCAGCGGCCGCGGGCGUAAUAUCGGCGGGAACCGCGGCGGGGUUUCGGGAGCCAGGACCCGGAGCUGCCGUUGGCAUCGCCGCAACGGAGCCGGGUAGCUCGUCGGGGGCUUUCACGGUGUUUCCGCGCACGGGGCGGGGGGAUGUGCGGCGGGCGUACGCGCUGGGGAAGGAGCUUGGGAAGGGCGGAGGGGGCGUGGUGCGCGAGUGCUUGGAUCCGCUCACGGGACGGCCGGUGGCGGCGUGCAAGAGCAUUCCCAAGUCGAAGCUACAGCGGCGCGACCUGGCGGACGAGGUGCGAAUGGAAGUAACUGCGAUGAAGCGGCUGCACGGGCACGCGCACGUGGUGCAGCUGCUGGGCGUGUACGAGGACGCGCGCGCCGUGCACCUCGUCAUGGAGCUCUGCACCGGCGGCGACCUCUACGACUUCCUCACCGCCGCCGUCACGCUCCCCGAGCCGCUCGCCGCGCGCAUCGCGAGCCAAAUCCUCCGCGCGUUGAGCCACUGUCACCGCAACGGCAUACUCCAUCGCGACGUGAAGCCCGAAAACAUCCUCCUCGUGCGCGCUGCGCCACUCCCCAACCGCGCUUCCGCCUCCGCCGCUGCCGACGGCGCGGAUGGCAAACCUGCGGGGCAAAACCCCGCGGAAGCGGUGAAGGCGUCGACGGCGGCGGGCGCGGCGGGCGGAGACGGCGGGGACGGCCCGCCGAGUACCCCGAGCAGCACGGCAACGAGCAGUCUGUUCAGCACGCGGAGCAGUUUCCUCGACUCCGCCAAUGGCGCAACCACCACCGCUAGCGCCAGCACCGCCACUAGCAGUCACGGCGCGACGCGAGGCCACCACGCGGAUGACACCGACGCGAGUGGGACCUGGGACGCCCGCAGCGGCAGCGGCGGGGAAUUUGGCGCCGCUUCCUGCGCGGAGAAUGGGUGGGCGGAGAUCCACGUGAAGCUGGCAGAUUUCGGGCUGGCCGUUCCGCUGAAACCGGGGCAGCAAGCCGUGGGAAUGCACGGUAGCUCCGUGUAUAUGGCACCUGAGGUGGUAUGUCGGAAACCGUACGGCGUGCAGGUGGAUAUGUGGGGCCUUGGGGUUAUACUCUAUACCGCGCUCUCCGGUUUUAUGCCGUUUUGGGGCACGACGGACGAGGAGCUCUUUGUGCGGAUUCUUCGCGGCCGCCCGGAUUACCGCAGCGAUCCGUGGCCGUCGAUCUCGGACGAAGCGAAGGAUCUGAUCCGUUGGUUGCUGACGAUAGAUCCGCCGCGCCGAGCGACCGCGGAAGCCGCGCUCGCGCACCCGUGGAUUCUCCGUCACUGCCCCCCGCAACUGCCGUCCCUCUCCCUUCCGCCGACGCUGCGCGAAGCGGGCGCCCCGCUGCACAGGCGCCGGCCCGCGUCCUCCGCGUUCCCCCCCGGCAGCCUGCACUUUCCGCCAUCCACCGCGCGGAGGCUCGAUGGCGCAGUGGGAGUGCGCGGAUUGGGGGAAAAAGGCGAGGAAAGGCCAAAAGGAGGGAGUGCGGUCGGGGGAGCGGCAGCGUCCACAGCAGCGGCUGCUGCAGGCAUGGUUGGGAAAGUUGGCACCAGUGCAGCUGCAGCACCAGCAGCAGCAGCAGCAGUACCAGCAGCAGCAGCAGCAACCACUGCGUCCGCUCCUGUCGCUUCUACACCUCCUGCCACACAGACUCGUUGUGCAGUAGCUGCGGCACCUGCUCCUGCCUCCACCGCUUUCACCCCCUUCGCAGCAGCUGCUGGUGCUGGUGCUGGUGCUGGUGCCCCCUCUCCGUCCCUAGUUAGUGAGGCGCUGCCCUGGCAGCACCAGCAGCAGCAGCAGCAGCAGCAGCAGCAGGUGCAGGAUUUCAGUCAGUUUGCACCGACACAUGCGCACGGGCGAGGCUUUGCCCACAGCUACAUGCAUGGGCAGUCCCCUCUCUACCCUCGCCUGCCGGGCCAGGACCCCGCCUUUGCUGCCUUCGCCCCCACUCCCCCUUUCAACCACUCCUCCGCUUUCCACCACUCCAACCCCACCCCGCCCCUGCUUCCUGCACCGGAUUUCACCUGCCCCAACCCCUCGUCCUCCUCUGCAUUCCUGCCUCCCUCUCCUGCCGCCUCUCCCGCUCCUUCCUUCGCCUCGUCUGCUUCCUCUUGCCCCACGCCUUUUCUCGCCCCUCUCCCUCCACUCUCCAUGCUCCCUACCUCUGCGUUCAGCCUGUCCCACACACCCACUGCCCCUGCAGCCGCUGCUUCCGUUGCCCCCACCACCCAUGCCCCUUCUCCUUACAACAGCACAGCACCGCCUCCAGCCAUUACUGCACCUCCAGCUCCCACCGCUUCUCCUCUCCCUGGUGCGUCCAGCCCAGCCGGGUCAAGCUCGCCCACCGCCCUUCCCCCUGGCACCUUUGUCAUCUUCGGUAGAAGCGCACCCAGUACUAGCACAGCAGCUGCGCCAGGAGCAGCAGGCGUGGCACAACUGCAACAGCCGUCCGCACUGGCGCAGUCACCGCUUGCCCCUGCCCCUGCUUCUGCUGGUGCAGGUCCUGGUGUCGGUGCAGCAGCAGCAGUCGCAGGAGCAGGCAGUCGGGGUUGCAGUGACGGCUACCACUCCGCUCACUGCGCCUGCAGCAGCCCCCCUAUUGGCCUCUUCUCUAUCGGGGCGCCAGGGGCUUUCCGGCUGGGAACAGCAGACCUGGGAGAUGGUGGGUUCACCCGAGGAGGAGCAGGGACGGAUACGAUUAUGGGGGAAGGCAGCCGGGGAUUGGCUGGGAGGAGUUCGUUGGGGGGCAACCGAGAGGGUAUCAGCCCCGGUCGUAGGAGGUGCCUGUUUGGCCAAGCCCACUCUGCCAGCAACGCCGCCUCUGCUGCUCCUCUUGCUCCCUCUGCUGCUGCUUCAGCUGCGGCACUAGCAGCGUCCGCAGCAGCAGUAUCAGCGUCGGCUGUUUGCGUCUCCGUGCCGCCUUCCCUCGCGCCUGCACCCAAGGCUAGCAGGGGGGGAGGUGGAGGAACCAGCCUAGGCCCCAUCACGUCCCAGCGCACCCGCCCCUCUGCUCUCAGCAGCCCCUUCUACCUGUUUUCGCCCAAGAGGAAGCUGCGCAAGGCUCAGGUUGUGAGCGGUGGAGGGAAGGACGAGCGAGCAGGACGAGUAGAGAAGGGCGCUGGAAUGUCAGCAGUGGCUGCCGCAGCUGCUGAGGCUGCUGCCGGUGCAGCAGGGGAUUCUUGCCCUGGGUCGGUUGGAUCCAUCUCUGCUUUCCGAGCCCGUCUCUCCCCUGCGGUGCAGAUCGAUAGUGUUGGCAUGCCAACGCAAGGCGCAUCUAGCAGCAGCCCGUUCUCCUCCUCUGCCUCUCCCUUCGCUGCUGCCUCUGCCAUCGCCCGUGCUUCUGUGAAGAGCCUCUUUCGGAGCAUCAGCAGGGGCGGCGGCGGCAGCAACGGCGGCAGUGGCAGCAACGGCAACAGCUCUGCUGGUGGUAACCAGAGUAACGGGGUGAACGGAGAUGUUGCUAGCGGGGUUUGCCCUGCUGGGGCUGUAGGGGAGUUGGAACAGGACCGUGCACUAGCUGCUGCUGUCGCUCUUGGGCUCUAUGAGAGCAAUGCAAUGCAGGCAGGACCAGCGGGAGGACAAGGGGGUAGAGGGAUUGGGAGUGGUGGAGAGGGGGGGAUUGGUGGAGCAGGCGUGAGGAGGGGGCUGUUUUCUGGUUCGCCAUCUAAGCGAGCCCCGCUAACCCGAAGGACAAACUCUGCCAAGACUGGGUCCACUCCUCGUGGGCUCUUUUGA